AUGUUAAGAAAGCAGUUGUUUAAAACGCUAGAAGAGACGAGAAAAACUACGGAGAGAGAAAACACAGAUGACUUGGAAGUUCAAGAUGAGUCACCGCUUAGGAGAACUCUUGGUAUAAUUUGUGCCAUGUCAUCCUGCAUCUUUUUUGCGUUUUCCUCCCUCCUUGUCAAACUGCUUCGAGAAAUUCCUCCCCAGGAAGUCGUUUUCUUCCGCAAUAUGGUUCAAGUUAUCUUUGUCCUUCCCCCGUUAAUCUACAACAAGAUUCCAAUUGUUGGCAACACGAAGCAUCUUCCAUUUUUGUGCGUUCGUGGGAUAGCCGGAACUCUAGCUCUUUGCUGCCAGUUCUACGCUUUCCAGCACAUGGCCCUUGCAGAUGCGACUGUUAUCGUGUUUUCCGCUCCUAUAUUCACGGGAGUUCUGGCACAUUUUCUUCUUGGUGAAGCUUGGGGAUGGUUCGAUGCAGUGGCGACUUUACUCUGUUUUACCGGCGUUGUCCUCAUAGCAAGACCGACGUUCUUGUCAGUUCCUCGGCAGAUUGAGUCCACGACUCUUUCAAGUGAUUGGGAACAGGUAAUAAAGACCAUAAUUUUAGUUCAUAUUAGUGUUAUUUGUUGACCCUUUUAUUUCCACAUAGAAAUAAAUCAAAAAAAAUGUUCGAAAUUUCAUUUCAGUGCAAAAUACUGCAUGGUAACCGAUUGACAUCGCAAAAGUAACUCUCGAGAUGAAUACGCCCUCAUUUCACCAUGUAUAGUCAAAAUUCUGAGGCGUUUUAUGUUUUAAAAAAUGACUUUAUUCAUAGUGGUGACAUAAUUACUGGUAACCCAUUAGUUUAUAUACAUUGUGGCCCACAAAUGAGGAGAGAAACAAAUAAUCGAACUGAAAAUAAAAUUUAAGAAUCUCAACUGGCCAGGGGCAAACCAAUCGGUUAUAUUAAAGAGGGACUAAAUGGGAUUUACCGUCAGCAGUCAAACGGCCUAAAAUUGAACAGUGUGUCAAAAAUGCAAAGUGAUAUUAACCGUCAAAACGCUUCAGGGUAUUUGAAAACCAUUCCAAUAUUCUAUUUCCAAUGUAGGUCACUGCUAGCCUGGUUGCCCUCUGUGGUGCCAUAUUGACCUCCAUUGCUCUUAUCGCCAUAAGAAAGUUGAAGGGGGUCAACUUUUUGGUGCCCGUAUUCUUUGUUGGACUUUCCAGUGUGGUCCUCACAAUGGGAGCUAUUCUUGCAUCAGGAUCUUUCCAGAGUGUCAUAUGCGGGCACUCACAUGAAUGGUUCCUUUUGGCACUUGGCUUCUGUGGUCUUGGUGAGUGAUUUUUCGUCUAUAUCCACAAGUAAAACCAUGUUCAGCUAAGCGUUAAUGCAGUGAUGUCGUUAAGUGAUUAAGUGAUUGUUUGCGGUGGAACUUAUCCAUGGGGGGGGAUACUCGACCAAUAUCUGGGUACAGGUGAGCCGCUGAGGGUUUGAGACUCUGACCCUGUGUAGGACAAAAAAAAAAUCCUAAAAUACGUACUUUGUUUGGGAUAACACCCUCAGUUUUAUUACCCUGUUAAGGACAAGGAGUGAAUGCACACUUUGUUUUAAAGCCAUUGCGUUUGUAUACUUGGAGUACAAACAAAUUCCAUCCAGCAAAUCAAAUCGAUCGUGCAGGAAAUACCCUGUUUAUAAUAACGGACAGACUUGUGCGAAAUUAUGUACCCUGUUUAGAACACAGGUGAAAUAUGAGGGAGUACCCCUGGAACUGAUAAUCAAAAACCUCCCAUUUAUAUUAUCACAGGUGGCCAGGCCCUUCUUACGAGAUCCGUGCAACUGGAGAGAGCAGGCGUGGUUGCUCUUGUGCGAACGUUAGACAUCGCCUUGGCCUUCAUUCUGCAGCUGCUCUUUUUGGAUUAUACCGCUAACGUUUACAGCAUCGUGGGCUCAGCGCUGGUUUUGGGGUGCAAUAUAAUGGUGAUUUUAAACCGAGCCGGGCUCACCCCGAAUAAGGCCAUUAAGAACCAGGGAGGCCUGCCAGAGGAAUUGAAAAGUCUUAUUGGAACAGUAAAGGGUCAGUUAUAUGGCAGGAAUAAUUGAGGACUCGCAACCUCGAAAGGGAAAACAAUCUGCAAGUGAACUUUUUCUUGUAUUUUAGUAGCCUGUGUAGCAGGCGCCGGUUAUUAAUUAUUUUACAGGCCGCUCGAGGAGAACAGGCAAAGGGGAGAGGAGGCUUCCUCUCCUCGCCCUUAAAAUACCGGCGCCUAGUAUUUUAGAGUUUAGUCUUAUAGUUGAAAUGGAGCUGCACGUAUGUUCUUUUUGGAUAAGCGUGUUCUCCUUCGCAGAGACCUCUUUGUACCUUAGGGAGGCUGGGGAGAGAGAAAAAGAAAGCGCCCGGGGACGAUGGGAAGGGCAGGAAAAAGAGACCUUAAGAUACCCCGAUAUCGGUGUACGGGUACGGGUAGUGUACCCGUACACGCAAAAUGUUCAUGUGCGUGACUAUUUCGAUUAAGAUACCCGAAGAACAAGCACGCAAAAUUAACUUCGUACAUGCAUGUCGCUUAAUGCAUACAAAAUCUCCCUCAAAUUCUACACUUCAUAUCUUAACAACAAGCUGCAACAAAUAAUUGAUUCAUACAUAAGCUUAUUGAAAUAUCAUGGAAAGAUUUUAAGAAACUUGGCGGGAAGUCCCUCGACCGAAAGCUUGUUAUCGCAAACCCCGCCAUUUUGAUCGAGGCACAUCACCAAACAAUUCCUUUGAUUGUCAACUUCAACAGUGGCUCCCAUGCUAAAUAUUUCAAUGCUAUUUCUUUUGCGAAACUCAGACCUUCGAGCAAUUCUCAGAAAUCCCCCCCAAAUACCGCCACAAAUUGACAUCGUUUUAGAGUUCAACCUGCGCAUUUGAGGUCCAAAAUCACUAUACAUUUUGAAGCGCUUUCUUUACAGCUAAAAUUCAAAUUUGGCAAAAGUAUUUGAACAGACUUGCAAUAACAUUGCCAAGGAGUCAUACAAUUUACAUUUGUACUUAAAAAGUCUUAAAAACUUACUCGCUUCUCCAUCAUGUAGGACUUGCAGCUACUCGUAAAUCUUCUACGGGUAAACUGGUGUCUACCCCGGAAAAACGGCUGGUUCUACCGGGUAAGGUCGAUGACGUCACCACAAAAUGGAAAAAACAUGGCGCUACCCGUUACCCGUACACCGAUUUCGGGGUAUCUUAAGGUCUCUAAUAAAAAGAGGUACCCGCCGAGGCACCAGUCCUUUCCUCUUCCCAUCAUCCCCCGCACGCUUACCUUUUAUUAUUAUUAUUUUUUAUUUGGAUCCCAGCGAUGGCCUAUUUGAAUAAGAGAGGGACAAGCGAAUGCUUUGCGUCCGGGGUACCCCCGUAUAAAAGGGAGAAGGAUGUAUGGCUGGCUAAAUUUGGCUGGCUAAAUUUGUGUUUUAUGCGGGGAAGAGGUACCAGUUUAUGAUCACAAGAUGUUCAAAACUAGCAGUAAAGAAAAUAAAUAUGGAUUAAUUUGACUUCGAGUUAUAUGUGUCUUUGUUUCUUUUUGCAUUGGCUUACUGGCGUCACCUAAAUCUCUUCAAAUGUUGCGUAUGCGCUUGCAACAAUCCAUUAAUAUCAGUAAACAAACUAGGGGAUGACUCCCACGCUCGUGCCGCCCGUCUGCAGUGCUCUUUGCAUCCAUUGCGGACCCAUUAAUUGCGUGCACAUCCCUGUCCGCGAAAACCUGGUCCUAGUCGGUUGUGGGAACGCCUUGCGAGUUUUACAAACAAACAUGGAUUCCUUUCAAGCCAGGGACAAGAAGUGGCUGGGAGUGGAGACUCUUUUACGCGAUUUACUAAAUCUUAUCGAUGAUCGCGACUCUGCAGAUGUCUUAUUUCUUGUUGGGCAAGAUGAGGUUGCAGUAUAUGCCCACAGACUGAUGUUGGUUGCUCGUUGUAAGCAUUUCCGUAACCGCCAAAGAGAGCUAUGGUCCUCGAAGUCAGUUCAUUCGCAGCUGACAGUGAGAAAACCCGAUUUCAGACCCGAUGUUUUCCGUGAAGUGCUCACGUUUGUCUACACGGGAAAGGUAACUAUGCCGUAAUCUAGUUUUUGAAAGCAGAUUAUGCUGCUAUCUUUUAAUUGUACAAGUUUAAUAUAAGUACUGCUUGCUUUGUAGAUAGUUUAAAAUUGGUCCGCUUCUACAAUAAAAAGAAAAGCAAUAAAAGCAAAAAAAAGCAAUAAAAAAACCCUGGACAUCUGGGCUUUGGGCCGGGUUGUUCAAAGCAGAAUUCAGAUAAACCAGUGUCAAAUAUUAAAUUUGAACUCAGAUAUGAAAGCCAAAAGCAAAUUCGUUUUAAUUCUUUUUGUCUAUAAUUUAAUGACCCUGAAAUAUUUCAGGAAUGUUUAUAGUGGCUAAUGGCAACAAAGUUCAGGACACACCUUUUCUUUGGUUACCAGGUUGAGCUUCAUAGCCGUACAGCUUUCGAGAUGCUAAGGAUUGCUGAGGACCUGGAAAUAACUGACCUACAGUUAGCUUGUGAACAGUAUUUCAUGGACAAUCUAAGUGUAGACAAUGCAGCAGAAUUUUUGGCAGAUGCCCUGUCUCUCGCAAAAGGUGCCGGAGCGGGGGGCAUGUCUUCUCUAGUGAACAAGUGUAUUGGAUUCAUGGAAGAGAAUGCUGAGGAUGUGAUACAUACUGAAGGGUUUCUCCAACUUCCAAAGGCAGCAAUGAUUAGACUUGUGUCUAGUGAUCAGGUAUAAAUAGAUAAACUACUUGAUAAGAUUGUAUCAAAUGAUCAUCUGUGCCUCUGUUUGGGUACCUGUGGGCGUCGAUUUUGUCCCUCUUUUAGAAUAAGACCUCCAUUAUUAGAUUACAAAUUUCAGUUUACCAUUGGUUGCAUCUAAGCGUGGACAUGAGACAGGGCUGAAAAUAACAGACAGCAGGUUGCCGGUCAUGAUGACCGGCCAAAUAUUUUUUAGCCUGGACAAAUCCCGAUUCUGGCCGGUCAAAUUAUGAAUACUAUAAUUUUUUUUUACGUAAGGAAUAUCGAAUUAUGCUGGCAAGAGAUCAUUAUUACUACAUUGACAUUCACAUUUUUGACAGCAAGUUGGUGAAAAAUGCUUUUGCACGUUGUAGAGUUCCUUUUGGCGGUUUUUGCGGGUUUUAAUGUUACGUUCUACUUUGAGUAUCAUCUUACGGUGGUGUCUGAAGUCUCUCAAGGUAAAAAGGAAGAAAAGGAAAUGGAAAUGGAAUACACAUACAGUUCAACAAACUUUAGGAAUUACCCCCCAAAAAAAUAAUUUGGGUUAUUUUACUAAAUCUGCACACGAUUGUUUUACGUUGAUGCCCCGAAAUGAACAUCGGUGAAACUUUUUCCUUGCCUGGCACGUGAUUGAAAGUCGCUAAUAUUUUUGGCAAAGAAGUUGAUUUGCAUGGGCGAGAAGUUUGUUCCACAAACAGCGUGUUUAUCAUCAGAAGUCAAUAAAUAUACAGCAGAGCUUUCAUUUGGGUCAUCGCGCAACAUUUGAUCGCGAAGGGCUCAAUUGUCAACAGAAAUUUGCUUAAAGUUGUUUACAAGAACGAGAUAGACGACAACCUUCCCUCUUGAUUAGCAUAAAUUUUUAUCUGACUAUUCUGGAAUUGAGUCUUCAAACGAGAUUCAUGUUCGACGUAAAAGAAAUUUUUAUUACUCGAUGCACUAACAAUAUUCUUGAAGAAACACAGGAUCACCUGUUGAGGAUUGCGAUCAAUCUGCCCAAAUUCCGUCGAAUUCCCAAAGGUCACAUUACUGAUUACAACAAAGCAGAAAGUACAGUACGACUUGCAACGUUUCGUUACUUUUCAACUCAGUUUGUUAUUCACUUUGUUUCGUUUCAUUACGACAUGACGACAUGAAAUUAUUUUAUUGCGACGUUCUUUUUCUUAGAAGGGUUAGUGCAAAGCAGCAAAAUAAGCCAAAGAAAAAAGAAAUCAUUUCAGUGUUCUAGAGCAUUAAGCGACAACUGUAUGGAAAAUAAAAUGUUUGUAUCCAAAACUGACCAGUCAAAAUGACCGGCAAGACCAGACUUUGACUGGUCAAGUCCGCGAUCAGGCCGGACAUUGUCCAUUGACCGGCCGUUAUUUUCAGCCCUGUGAGACAAAAAAACAUGUUCUAAUAGAUGCCAAACAUGACAUGUUUUGCCGUCAAACAUUUGAAGUUUGACAGCCAUUUUAACGGCUGCUUUAAAAAGCAAACUGUCACGCCAAAGGUAAGUUGUUUACCGGUAUAUGUUUUUGAUUGGUGCAUUCUGCUUAUAUUUCAUUUUUCUGAACUGUCAGGCAUAUUUCUGACUCAGAAAAAUCACAAUUUCCUUCUUAACAUCUAAAAGUUCUUGCAAAGAAUAUUUUGUUGAGUGAAAACAAAUCAAGUCAACAACUGCUGCAUACUCUAAACUUCGCAUGUUUGGUGGCAAAACAUGCAUGUGUGCACCCAACUGGAACAUGUUUUUUCCUCACAUGUACACGCUUAGAUGCAACUGACAGUAGACUAUUUUGAUUGUGGAACUUUGACCUGAUAGUUUGAUGUGAGUCUUCUGUAUUUUUUAACCACACAGUUUGCAGUCUCAGAGGAGGAGCUUUGGCGCGCUGUCCUAUCGUGGGCAAAAAGAAGUUCAGGUGUAAGCAAACCAACCAAUCAGUGGACAGAAAAGGACAAUGAUAAGAUAAGAGAGGUAAGAUGUAACAGACAUGUAAGAAAUGAUGGUGUUUAGCUAAUCUAAUGCUAAUAGCUUCCAUUGACUGCUUUUAUAUUUUUAUUAAAAAAUAUUGUUCCUUGUUGUCACUAUAUAAUUUAGCUGUUGACAGGUAUAUUUUACUUUGAUUUGAAUCAUCUCUGGACGUAAAAAUAGCAGAUGUUAGAAAUGUUUUCUUGCUAGUGACUAGUAUGGUGAAAUAUUGGUGAUUGGUGACUAAUAAAUGUUAUAAACUUAUGCCAGUUGCUCAGUCAUUGAAGUAUAGCACAUCACCCCUUAAGGUCAAAAUUAAUUUUUCUUGUAUUCAUUCCUCUUAAGACUCUGUCUGGAGUGAUUGAACACAUCAAGUUGCUGUUGAUUGACAGUUCUGUUUAUGCUGAGGAGGUGGAACCUACAGGUGUUGUUCCAAUGGAAGUGUCAUUGGAGAGGUAAUUAUUCCCAAGUCGUGAUUGCAUCUUUAUUGUUUUACUCCAGUUGUGCCGAGCACAGACCUACCUAAUGGGGAAGGUAUGAAUGGGACUCAUAGGUACCAUGUGAGGUGCCCUCCCCACCCUACCCAGGGUUUAUCACUGCCAGAGAUUAUACUAAGUCCUGAGUAGUUCCUUUUACAUCCUACUAGUUUCAGUUCAUUGAAAGAGUCAAUGCAAUGUCCAAUGAAAUCAUUCAGAGCACACCUUGCAUUGAUGGAAAUUUUGAGCAAAAAAAUAAUGAGCUCUUUUUCCUUUUUCAGGUAUCGAUUUGCAGCAGUACCUGGUCACUUCAAGAGAGCUGAAGAUCCUCGUUUGAGGCCCAGAGCAUCUCACAAGUUGUUUCAUAACAC